UUUUGCGGCAUCAAGGUUUUAUUGAUUUUUUGAGAAAUUCCAAAUUUUAAAAAAGGGAAGUGCGGAAAAGGGUGUAGUAAUGAGUGAUAUAAAAAUGGAGGGGACGUCGGCUCCAGCAGUAAGGCGAGACCCGUACGAGGUGUUGUCUGUUUCAAGGGAUUCGUCUGAUCAGGAGAUUAAGACUGCUUAUAGAAAGCUUGCUCUCAA